CUGUAUUGAUGUGUUAUUCAGUGUUGGGGUGGGUAACGAGGUGUGGUGACGACGCUGUAGUGGUAUAAAUCGGUAGCUCGGCGGUGCUGCGGCCUUUUGUGUCGCAGUCUAAGGAAGGAAAGAAGAACUUUCGUUCUCCAGUCGUUCCAUACCUAUUCAAUACACGUUUGAUACUGUACUUGCUUGAUCCUGAGGCGCCAGGUGUCUGCACCAGCGGAGCGUCGCAGGUUUUCGCCGGUCAGUUUACAAUUGACACUCGUGCGUUGCGGAGUUGUGCUUUGUUCGUCCUUUGUGAACAUUUGCACUUUUAUACUCUUUGGAAUUAAGCCUUGUUUUUACAUUCAGUUACCCAUCACAGUGCAAAAGAAAAUGAGCAAAAGAAAAUCAGGAAGUGAUCGUAAGCGUGAAUACAAUAAACAGUGGAAAAAUCAGUUCUUAUUUAUAGCGGGUCCGUCAGGAAAACCGUUGUGCAUUGUUUGUGAAAACACUUUCACACAAUAGAAGACAUGAUCUUAAUAGACACUAUAAAACACAACAUCAGACUGAAAUAGAAGGAAAACUGAAGCUAGUGCUUGGGUCUGAAUUACGGAAAGAAUAUGUGAUUUAGAAAAAGGAAAUCAAAAGAAGACAAAAUAUUUGUUAAAAGUCUCAUUAAGGUCUGAAGUUUAAUGGAUUGAAGUGUGCUCAUUGUUUUCACAGGAGCAUCAUCACACUCAGUGGCCACUUUGUUAGGUACAGUGGGAUGCAAGUUUGGGCACCCCAAGAGAUCUGAGCUCUCAGAUAACUUUUACCAAAGGUCUCAGACCUUUAUUAGCUUGUUAGGGCUAUGGCUUUUCACAGUCAUCGUUAGGAAAGGCCAGGUGAUGCAAAUUUCAUGCGUUAUAAAAACCCUGACUCCUUAAACGUUGUCCCGACAAUCAGCAGCCAUGGGCUCCUCUAAGCAGCUGCCUAGUGCUCUGAAAAUUAAAAUGAUUGAUGCUCACAAAGCAGGAGAAGGCUAUAAGAAGAUAGCAAAGCGUUUUCAAGUAGCCGUUUCCUCAGUUCGUAAUGUAAUUAAGAAAUGGCAGUUUACAGGAACGGUGGAGGUCAAGUUGAGGUCUGGAAGACCAAGAAAAUUUUCCGAGAGAACUGUUCGUAGGAUUGCUAGAAAGGCAAAUCACAACCCCCAUUUUACUGCAGUAGACCUUCGUACCCUGACUCCUCAAACCUUGUCCCAACAAUCAGCAGCCAUGGGCUCCUCUAAGCAGCUGCCUAGCACUCUGAAAAUUAACAUGAUUGAUGCCCACAAAGCAGGAGAAGGCUAUAAGAAGAUAGCAAAGCGUUUUCAGGUAGCCGUUUCUUCAGUUCGUAAUGUAAUUAAGAAAUGGCAGUUAACAGGAACGGUGGAGGUCAAGUUGAGGUCUGGGAGACCAAGAAAACUUUCCGAGAGAACUGUUCGUAUUAUUGCUAGAAAGGCAAAUGAAAACCCCCGAUUGACUGCAAAAGACCUUCAGGAAGAUUUAGCAGACUCUGGAGUGGUGGUGCACUGUUCUACUGUGCAGCGACACCUGCACAAAUAUGACUCAGUGAAGAGUCAUCAGAAGAAAACCUUUCCUGUGUCCUCACCACAAAAUUCAGUGUCAGAAGUUUGCAAAGGAACAUCUAAACAAGCCUGAUGCAUUUUGGAAACAAGUCCCGUGGACUGAAGAAGUUAAAGUAGAACUUUUUGGCCACAAUGUGCAAAGGUAUGUUUGGAGAAAAAAGGGUGCAGAAUUUCAUGAAAAGAACACCUCUCCAACUGUAAGCACAGGAGUGGAUCGAUCAUGCUUUGGGCUUGUGUUGCAGCCAGUGGCAUGGGGAACAUUUCACUGGUAGAGGGAAGAAUGAAUUCAAUUAAAUACCAGCAAAUUCUGGAAGCAAACAUCACACCAUCUUAAAAAAGCUGAAGAUGAAAAGAGGAUGGCUUCUGCAACAGGAUAAUGAUCCUAAACACACCUCAAAAUCCACAAUGGACUACCUCAAGAGGCAAGUUGAAGAUUUUGCCAUGGCCCUCUCAGUCCCCCAGCCUAAACGUCAUCAGAAAUCUGUGGAAAGACUUCAAAAGAGCAGUGCAUGCAAGAUAGCCCAAGAAUCUCACAGAACUAGAAUCCUUUUGCAAAGGAGACUGGGCAAAACUCCCCCAAACAAGAAUUGAAAGACUCUUAGCUGGCUACAGAAGGCAUUUACAAGCUGUGAUACUUGCUAAAGGGGGUGUUACUAAGUACUGACCAUGCAGGGUGCCCAAACUUUUGCUUCGGGCCCUUUUUCUUUUUUGUUAUUUUGAAACUGAAAGAUGAAAAUAAAAAAGUAAUCUUGCUUAAAAUAUUAGAGAAAUGUGUCAUCUUUAACUUUAUGCCUUUUGGAAAUCAGGUCAUCUUUUACUCGCUUAGCUAUUCACAGUAACAGAAAUUUUGACCAGGGGUGCCCAAACUUUUGCAUGCCAUUGUACAUCUUUUAAUGGUCAACAGGUACAAUUCUGACCAAACGGCAGCGUGGAGAAGAAAUGUGAUCUAAGUGACUGAACGUAGAAUGAUUAUUGGGGCCAGGCUGAGUGGUCUGAGCAUCUCAAAAACUGCUGAUCUCCUGGGGUUUUCACGCACUACAGUCUCUAGAGUUUAUAAAGAGUGGUGUGAAAAGCAGAAAACCUCCUUUGAGCGGCAGUUCUGUGGGUGAAAAUGCCUUGUUAAUGAGGUCUGGAGAUUGGCCAGACUAGUUCAAGCGGAUGUAAAGGCAACAGUAACUCAAAUAGCUGUUACAACAGUGAUGUGCAGAAGGGAUCCCUGAACAUGCAACACACUGAAUCUUGAAGUGGAUGGGUUACAGCAUCAGAAGACUACACUGGGUUCCACACCUGAGUGGAUAUUGAAACAGUAUAUUUACCAUUCCUGAAUUGUAUAAUGCUCUUAAAACUAAAUUAGAGACUUGUACUGAGAUUAGAUGAAAUAUGUUAGCUGUUAGAAGUGAAAUAAAACAAUA